AUGGCAAAGCUCACUCGUGUUGAAGACAGACCUACCCCUCCAGAGGUAUAUGGCUGGCGGGUUUACAUGAAUGGCUUCAUUGCUACCUUCGCCGCUAUUAUGAUUGGAUACGACUCUGCUUUCAUUGGCACUUCCGUCUCUCUCGCCAGUUUCAAGCGCGAAUUUGGUCUCACCACAAAAACAACGAGCGAGUUCAACCUCAUCUCGGCGAACAUCGUGUCCUUGUAUCAGGCAGGCUGUUUCUUUGGCGCGAUUUUGGGUUAUCCUAUCGGCUACUAUUGGGGACGUAGAUUAGGUCUUUUCUUCGCCGGGUUUGUCUUCUGCGUUGGGGCCGCUAUGCAGAUUGCCGCUUCGUCUAGCACGGGUCUUGGCAUCGUUUACGCGGGACGGGUUAUUGUUGGCCUGGCAAUUGGUACAGCGUCAAACUUAGCCCCCAUUUAUGUUGCCGAAAUCGCGCCUCCUGCCAUCCGUGGUCGACUCAUUGGCUUGUAUGAGCUUUGCUGGCAAAUCGGUGGGACGGUGGGAUUCUGGAUCAACUAUGGAGUUACGCACCAUGUACCUGCAGGCCACAAACAGUGGCUCAUUGCGUUCGCCGUCCAGCUUGUUCCUGGAGGCCUGCUAUUCUUUGGCGCUCCCUUCUUGACAGAGUCCCCUCGCUGGCUUGUCUCCCGAGAUCGAAACGAUGAAGCCCUCGAAAAGCUUGCGUGGCUCAGGAACCUUUCUCCUUCGCAUCCUUAUGUCGUUGAAGAGUACGGGGCGAUUGAAGAGACCAUCAAGCAUGAGCGGAGUUUAGCGGGUGCUGGUUUCCUCGGUCCCCUCAAGACAGUUUUCGAGAGCAAGAAGCUGCUCUACAGACUAUUCCUUGGCUCCAGCUUGUUUGCCUGGCAGAAUGCCACGGGUAUCAACGCAAUCAACUACUAUUCGCCUACGAUCUUCAAGUCCAUUGGCGUCACUGGCCAAAAUUCUUCCCUCCUCACCACCGGUGUCUAUGGUAUCAUCAAAUUGGUCGGCGCACUUCUAUGGCUGCUAUAUAUUGUUGAUUACUUCGGUCGUCGCCGGGUCCUCUUGAUUGGUUCUCUUGGUGGUGCCAUCAGCAUGUACUAUAUCGGUGCAUACAUCGCCAUCGUCAAACCUGCAGAACAUCCCACAUCGACCCUCUCUGCUGGGGGCAAGAGUGCAAUCGCUUUCUUCUAUAUAUGGACAGUUUUCUACUCUCCGUCAUGGAAUGGAACGCCAUGGGUCGUUGGCGCGGAGUUCUUCCCUCAGCAUGUCAGAACAUUCACCCAGGCUUGCAUGGCUGCAAGCAAUUGGCUGUUUGGUUUCCUUAUCACCCGCUUCACGCCUCAGAUGUUUACGGCAAUGGGAUACGGCGUGUACAUCUUCUUUGCGAGCCUGAUGAUCCUUUCCAUCUUUUACGUUUACUUCCUCCUUCCCGAGACAAAACAAAUACCCUUAGAAUACAUGGAAGAUCUCUUCGCACCCGGUGUCAAGCCACGGCGCGCCCACGGUGUCGUCAUGACCAAGAUCCGAAACGAGAAUAGAAUGCGCAUGUCUGGUAAUAACUCAUCAGAGUAUGUGGCAGACUCAAAGGCCGACCAGGAACAAGUCGAGACUGUUUAA